AGAUGCACUUUAGAAACUUCAACUACAGCUUUAGCUCCCUGAUUGCCUGUGUGGCAAACAGUGAUAUCUUCAGCGAAAGUGAAACCAGGGUAAGGCUUCUAAUAUAAUGUGAUUUUUGAGAGGUUUCAAAGCACUGUGUUAAUUGGAACUAGCAGCUGAAAUAUUUGCGGGGGUGUGAUGUGGCUGUCUUGCGGGUUUGGGGGUUUUGAAAUAAGUCCAAAAUAUUUGGUGCUUUAUCAAACAAAGCUGUUGCCCGAGGGAUUAACUGUGAUGGAAUGUUUAAAACUCUCAAUAUUUGACAACAUCCAGGUCCCUUGACCAAUCAGUAAUGCAACGUUUUAACAUGGUUUGUAUUUUUCAUUCUGUGUAGGUUGUAAGCAAACUUUUAGACGGAAGCUUUUUCUGGCCGUGAACAGAGCAUUUCACUUUGACAUCUAGAGAUCAGAACAAUGUAAUUUUAUCUUAGGAAAUAAAUAUCGCAAAGCUAUUUGUAUGUCUGUGGUAAUUACAAGGGCCUGUCCUCAAGUUUUCAGCUUCCUUUAGCUAGGGAAAAUGCAGCCAUAGCAAACAAUAAAACUGGAUAAAUAUCUUAAGUUUAAGUGUGGGGAAGCAGCUCUCAUUGGUGGUAAUCAGUAUAAUUAGUCAUUGUAAUCACCGUGCUUUUCUUCUUCAUUCGAUUAAGAUGUAAGAUUUCCAUCAGUAGCUACCCAGCUGUCUAAUUGAUCUUUAACAAUAUUGUAUAUGAGUGAGUUCUGUGUGUUGUGUUUGGGGAGUGGUGUUCGCGCUAUAGGCUUUAGAGCCCAUGCCAUAUUGGGACAUGUGAAAGAUUUUUUUUUUUUUUUAAUCAAAUUGAACUGCACGAGUGUGUAUGAUGCUUGAGAGCUAGGACUGUGGUUUCUGAACGAGAUAUCAGCACAUUCUAUGUGUGAAAAUCCCACAAAAGCUACGUAUUUCAUAUUAGCCUUAUGUGAGUAAAAUCAUUCUUUAUUCAAUCAAAGAGGGACAGCGUCCAGCAACUAUAAGAGCUAGAUCCCAGCUGUCAGAACAAAUAAGAUUAUUUUUUUAGGAGAAUGGCGUCAUAGUGAUGUGGAUUUAACAGACUCUGUGCUUUUCUCUUGUGGUCUGGUCCUGAGCCCUGACUUGUAUUCUAAAAAUAUUCCUCAAAGUCAUCUCCCCUAAAUUCUGAAUCAUAACUCCAAAACUAAACAGUGGGUCACAAUGCCUAUUGAUGAGGUCAUGCAAAAUUCCAAAUAUAUAUGCACAGACCCUGCGCCAGAAACUUGCUUGAGCUCCCGCUGGAGAGAGGUGGGGAAAACGUCCGCCAGCAGCCAGAUGAAAUCCUCUGGGAAGCAUCUGCUGUGUAACAUUUUUCUCAUUCUUUGCCUCUGCAAAACCCCUCAGAGGUUUUCAUAAACGAAAGCAAAGCCACGGGAUUCAGAGAGAGAAAGUUGGCCAAAUUUGAAUCCCUCUUUAGGACAUAUGACAAGGAUAUCACCUUUCAGUAUUUUAAGAGCUUCAAACGGGUCAGAAUAAACUUCAGCAACCCCUUAUCUGCGGCGGAUGCCAGACUCCAGCUGCAUAAGACUGAAUUUCUUGGAAAGGAAAUGAAAUUAUAUUUUGCCCAGACGUUACACAUAGGAAGUUCCCACCUGGCCCCCCCGAAUCCGGACAAGCAGUUUCUGAUCUCUCCUCCUGCCUCGCCGCCCGUUGGUUGGAAACAAGUGGAAGACGCUACUCCUGUCAUAAAUUAUGAUCUGUUAUACGCUAUCUCCAAGCUAGGGCCAGGGGAAAAGUAUGAAUUGCACGCAGCGACCGACACCACCCCCAGCGUGGUGGUCCACGUCUGUGAGAGCGAUCAGGAGAACGAGGAGGAGGAGGAGACGGAAAGAAUGAAGAGACCCAAACCAAAAAUUAUCCAGACCAGAAGGCCAGAGUAUACGCCUCUCCACUUAAGCUGAACUGGCGCCCGGAGGAAGAAGUAUUCCGAAUCACACUCACGGAGAGGAAUCUUUUUCUGUGCAAGUGGCCGCUCACGACUGGGGAGGUGGCAGCCGUGAUCGCUGCGGCAGAAAUUCCAGUUCGCGUUGCUCAGAAGAGAAUCAAGGCUUUGUCCUCUGGUUCUAAUGCUGGGCAUACGUCAAUGUUCAUGGCUUCCGGGAAUGUCCUGGGCCAAUCACUGAAGUUUAAGGUGAUCGCACGAGGACAUUUGGGCACGUCUCGAGAAAACCGAUAACCGAUCGUGUUUUGUACUUGUUCUUUUCUGGUAGGUUCUGUCUUUUGUCAAGGGCGGCUUGAUCCCUGGGUGUGGGGAGAACCUUCUGUUUCCAACCAGCCCAAUGGGCAGACUCUCUCUACUGGUAGGAAAAGGCACCGCGAAGCCACAAAGCGUCCGGUGCAGAAAGGCUGUGGAAACAACAAUGCAAUGUGGGAAUUGUAGUGUUUCAUUUUUCUCCCCAUCACGUUCUAAUGUUUGUGCAUGUAUAUUACGGAUUUUCAGAACUAACCUCUGUUUGUGUAUAGUUAUGCCAUUGUUGUGUUACAUCUUUUGGGAAGAUAGGAAAGCUUGAACAACCGAUCACCUUUCCAGAUUCAUGAUUUCUCUGCGACAGCACUCACACGUGGAAUGCACCUGGAAUACGUUCAUUCAGCAUCCUAUCCAUUGCAACAUAGCCCUUGUGCUUUGACAGAAGAAGUCGAUCUGAAAUUCCCACGUAGAGUUUCACCUCGUAAAGUGCAGAGAACAGCAGUUUCACUGCCAGCAUUUAGUGGGUGAGAAAUUUUAGGUUAGGUGUUUGGGGUCAGACAUCGGUUCCAUUUCUUUCUUUUCCGUGGUGGUUUGUACACAUGAAUCGUAGCCAAAAUACCUUUCUGGGGAACCGUUGGUGGAGAUAGUUGAUUUUUGUUUUUUUAACCCCACUAAAACAUCGAGAUAAACCUGUAAAUAAAGCCGAUAGCAUAUUUUCAUUCCCAUUUGUACACUCGGGUGAAAAAUACGGCAGUGGAAUUGUAGUGUCAGAAUAUUACCCUACCUGUGACUUGUAUGUUGUAGAAAACGCUGUUAAAUGUCGGACAGGACUUGAAUUCAAAGCAUGUCAAGUGGAUAGUAGAUAUGUGGUGGAAUGCUAGGGACUCAGUGCCUUUUUCCCCAUUGAUUCCUGAUGGAAUUGUUACACUAGGUUAACGUCUGUAAUUUUUUUCUGGUCGUAAUGUGUGUGUCUGGUAAACAGGUAUUCUAUUUUGGCCUUACAACACCAUAACGAAAUUUGUCAUUUUGAAAUCCCUAACGCCCAGUAACAGUGCAUGCUUUGGAAAUUUGGAAGGUGGUUUUCUUUAAGAAGCAAAGGCAUUAGGUUGUUCGUGUCAAGAAAUCGACGGGAUGUUCUCAAAACCCUGUUUACAGUACUUGGUGAGGUGUUGGGGGGCCAUGAGGGAGAGACCAUUGCCUAGCUGUUCAAGUGUUCCUGGCUAAGUGCUUUUAAACUGGAGAGGCUAACCUCAAAAUAUUUUUUUUA